CUGCCGUCCAAAAUCACUCUAACACAGCUGCGCCCACACACGAACUCUAUCCAGACCUAUCAAUUGAACAACAUACAACAUGUCGGCUCAAUUCAUGCAAAUGUUGCAGAAUAUGCAACAGCGGUCGAACCGUACCCUGGAAGACAUGAUCAAUUCCGAUGACCAACUUGCUGGCAUGGACGGCAUGGAACUUCGUGGUUGGAGCUACAAAAACCCUACGGUGCCCAGUCGUGACCUCAAGGACCCAGUCGGCCAGACCCUCCUCGCUAUAUUCAACCAAGAAUUCGACGCACUACAAAACUACGUGGAGAUGAUGAUCAAACAGCUCGGCGGCACCGAGGAAGCUCGCGAGACGCUUAGGAAAGAUCUAUACGCCAAACGAUGGGGCCCCACGCGUACAACCAUCUACGGUGUACUCUUGCCAGCGCUGCAUAUGAUGCCAAACAAGAAGCAAGAGUUACUGGGCGUAGCAAAAUAUCUAGCCAAUGAUCUCAAAGUUCCCGUCGACGGCAAGGACGUCGUGGGCAGCACCGCCCUCUUCUGGGCCAUUUCCACGAAACCCUACGUGCAACCCGAAUUCGCGCAGGUCCUCUUCGACGCCGGCGGUUCAGUCAACACGAAGAAUCGUUUCGGCGCUACCGCAGGUUCCGAGAUAGCCCAAGCCGAUCUCCACGGCGACACGAGCAAAAACGUGCAGAUGCUGAAGUGCAAGGACACGGAUGGUAUGAGUAUCAAGAUUUUGGUCGAGAUGAUGAAUAUGAAAGUGCCGGCUAUGGCUGCGGUUCUCAAGGAUGGGAGGGGGCCAAGAAAAGAGGGGGACUGUACGAAUUGCGGGAGGAGCCCGAAGGAUGGGAAGGUUUUCUCGGCUUGUGGCAAAAGUUAUCUCGCUACCACAAGUCCCUUCAAAAUGAGGCUAAACCCCAACGGCGACGCAUUGACCUUCCCCAAACGCUCAGCCUUACCUCACAUCGCCGGUACACCAAAAGACAACGCGUGGUUCUGGGGCGGAAAUGAUGAACUAGGGCGUCUAAACCUCCUCACCGCUCAGAGAAUAGUGAAAGCCACACAAGAAAAUGUCAAAACGGGAGAAUCAGUGUCACUGGAUCUCCCCUUGAACGUUCCCGGCCCAGCCUUCUUCGGACGAAAAGGCCUAAGACACCGCAUCAAGUCUAUCGCCCCAGGCGCCUUUGACGACGAAGUAGCUUUCAACACUCAGAGUAGUUCCCAGUGGGACGGCUUCCGCCACUUCGCACAUCCAAAAUAUGGAUGCCACUACAACGGCACGACGAUGCCAAUGACAGCGAAAACAACGAGACAUCACCCCCCGCGCUCACGUAAACUCGGCAUCGACGCCUGGGCCAAGAAAGGCAUCAUCGGCCGCGGCAUCCUCCUCGACGUGUACUCCUGGUCCCAAAAGGCCGGCAAAGGAUACGACCCCUUCACCGCCCACGGCAUCACAGCCUCUGACCUCCUUGCCUGCGCAGAGUCUCAAGGCACAUGUUUCGAAACCGGCGACAUCCUCCUCAUCCGCACCGGCUGGCUCUCAACCUACCUCUCCCUCUCUCCCUCUGAAAAGUCCUCCCGCAGCACCCUCCCCCACGACCAACACUUUUACGCCGGUCUCGCCGCUGACGAUUCCAUGAAAGAUUUCUUGUAUGAUAAUUACUUCGCGGCUGCUGCGACUGAUAAUGCGAAUUUUGAGGUUUGGCCCCCAGAAAGUUUUGAGGGGAGUUUGCAUGCGUGUAUGUUGAGUAUGUGGGGGAUGCCGAUCGGCGAGCUUUGGGAUCUUGAGGGGUUGGGGAAAAUGUGUGAAGAGAGAAGGAGGUGGGAGUUUCUGGUUGUUAGUAAACCGGUGGAUGUACCUGGGGGUGUGGGGAGUUUGCCUAAUGCUGUGGCGGUUUUCUGA